AUGGCAGAAGCUUCUGUUCCUCAAGAUCUUUCGUCUUAUGAGUACGAACCUUCCUGUCCUUUGCCCAGUGGAAGAGAAGCCAGGGACCACGUUAUAAGCAAAGGACCUUGCCAGCCAAGAGAUAUAAAUUUUCCUUUGGAUAACCGGAAUCGUAAGUUUCUAGUAUCGUGGUAUGAGAAAUUUCCUUGGUUAGAGUAUUCUGUCUCGUUGGAUAAAGCUUUUUGUUUCGUCUGCAGAGUGUUCAACGCACAGGUGAGUUAAUUGUGUGAUUUGCGCUUUAAUUAUUUUCCUAAGUUAGUCCUAACCUUGUUAAGAUGUUUACACUUAAUGCGUACCGUUUAAUUUGCAAUUAUACAUGGACCAUGGCCCUGGUAGUGUUUAAUUAUAUAUCAAAAUGCGAUGUGUAAUACUCAAUACUGUUGUUUUAAAUAAUUACUAAUUAUCGCAAAAGUAUGAAAAGUUCCACAAACAAACUAUAAUUCAUCCUCUCUGUAUCGUCAAAUAGUUGAUAUGUAUUAUAAAAAUACAAGAAACGCUUCUUAUAUUAUGACAACGUAAAACAAUGACAUUUGUCUUCUUUGCAUGCAGACGUCGUCAAGGAGUGAACCUAUCUUCAUCAAAACUGGUUUUAGUAACUGGAAAAAGAGCGAAGUCUUCGCAAAGCACGAGAAGUCAGAUUGCCACAAGCAUUCACUUCAAGCUCAUCGUCACUGGAAAUCCCAGAAGCCAAUACAUCAUCAAAUAGACGAAGAAAAUGAGAGACAAGAGUCAUAUCGUCAACAAAAUGUACGUAUUGCCAUUUGCCAAAUAUAUAUAACUUUGACAGGCCAUCUGUGCACAACAUUACAGACGAAGUAAGCGUGUGAAAACGCCAGUUUUGCAUAAAAAUGUCGGUGAUAUGGUGGUAAUCCUGGUAAUACGUUUAUUCCUAAGAAACAAUUGAGUGACGCGUAUAAAGUUAACACAGUUAGGAUUUUUUAAAAAUUGUAUCCUUUUAUUUUCAGGUAAAAAAGAACCGAACUGUCGCAUUUGCGGGAGUCUAGAUUUCAAAAUUUUCCGGGGGGCAUGGCUCACGCCUUCGGCGUUCGGAUCUCGCCCCCCCAAAACUUUGACUCUGGCUACGCCAACUGCUGGGUACAAGGUUGGUAUGAUUCGUCAUCUCCCUAAAUUUGCCGUUGAAAACUGUGCCAUGUUUUCAAUAGUUUGUGUAUAUUAUAAGCAACAGUAUGGGACAUUGGCAACUGAUGGUCCAGAACACAAACGAAAUCGACAUGUUGCUUACAGACAAUUGACAAGAUGGUGUUGGGGAAUUUUAGGCAAAGAAAUCAGAGUGCCAUUGCCAUCUUGUGCUGUAAGUUGCAUAAGGGCUCAUUUUCCACCCCCUGGUUUGGAAGAUUUUGAAUUUGAAGGUUUUCACUUUGCUGAUGAAUGA